CCGGCCUUUUGUCCUUUAGUUUCUUUUUCUAAUUUUCCCAGUAAACAAACAAAACGCCUUAAUAUCGUUUCGAAGCCAAACGAGAUUCAAUUCAUGGUGAAAGGAGGGCAAAACUUGCCGGCUGACGUCAUCCAAGUGAUCGAUCAGCUAGAGCGCCAUUGCUUGUCUCCCGAUGGAUCUCUCAUCUCCAAAUCUGCCUACUACGAUCUCCAACUCGCAAGAGAGGAAAUGUCGAGGGAAAGAUUACGCUACUUAGAAGCAAUGGCAAUUUACUGUGAAGCAAUAGCUAUGGUGGAAGAGUAUCAGCAAGCGGUUUCGGUGGGGAAUCUCGGAGGGAUUCGAGAUCUUCAAGGUCUUUAUCCGCAGCUUGGAUUGAAGAACUCUCCUCAGGUGUAUGAGACUCUAGAGCACCGAUUGGCUGUUGCAGAAGCUGCUCAAAGAUUGAGACUUCCACUCAUAUCUAAAGAUGGGGAAAUACAAGAGGAAGAAAUUGAGAAAUGGAGUAUGAUGUCACGGAGUUCUCUGGAUAGUACUAGUACUAGUCUCACUAUCAGCUCGAGUUCAAACUCUUUGAAUUAUGCAAAUAGUGCUGCAACCAGUGGUGCUGCUGCGAAUAGUUCUGGUGAUUCAGGAGAACCUGGUGUUGGUGGUGUGCCUAAUCGUUUUCUCGGAAUAACACCUGCUUAUUUGUGGCAAACACAACUCCAACGUAUGCCGUUGUCAAUGGAUAUGGCUGACUAUCAGUUAGCUCUUUCAAGGGAGAUUGAUGCUCGUUUGAAAUCUAAAUGUGACAAGUUAGCAGAUGCCUUUGUUGAUGAUAUUGACUCGUCUUCUGGAAGUCAAAGUUCGAGCUCUCGGCUUCCAGAAAGGGUUAAGUUGAUAAUUGAGGAGAUUGAGAGGGAAGAAGCAGCUUUGCGGGAGGAUCUCUAUUCCGCAGAUAGGAAAUUUGCAGAAUAUUAUAAUGUCCUGGAGCAAAUACUUGGAGUGCUCAUCAAGCUUGUCAAAGAUUUGAAGUUGCAACAUCAACAUAAAUAUGAUGAAUUACAAAAGACGUGGCUCUGCAAAAGAUGUGAGACCAUGAAUGCGAAAUUAAGGGUGUUGGAGCAUGUUCUCUUGCUUGAAACUUAUACACAGGAGUCAAUACCAGCGCUACAUAAAAUACGUAAAUAUCUCAUCGAGGCUACGGAAGAAGCUUCUGCUGCAUAUAAUAAGCUGUAUGUCACGCGCCUACGCGAGUAUCAAGGUGUCGAUCCUCACUUCGAUACAAUUGCAAGGCAGUAUCAUGAUGUUGUGAAGAAACUCGAAAACAUGCAAUGGACUAUUCACCAAGUCGAGAUGGACCUCAAGCGCUUACCGGAUCAUGCGGGUACAUAGUCUAUGGAUCCUUCGAUUUUACCAUUUGAAUAGUUUGUGUGCCAUAGGAUCACUCUCUUGAUUUUCCUUAAAAGCCUUGUACUGUACAUGGCUAUGAAAAUAUGACUACCUAAUGAUCCUUUAAAUUCAUAAAAGAAAUGAACAUAUUCAUAUCAGGUGCAUGCUUAUAUCCUAUUCCGAAUAACACAAUCCAUUAACACUAUAGAAAUGAACAUAUUCAUUGUC